GGGAUUUGUGUUCACUCUCCUGAAACAUGAGGGAUUCGCACGAUGCUGCAAAGACAGUGUGUUGCCACCGCUUGGACCACGUCUUUGAUUUCCGGACACAUUGUUGCGCUUGCAUCCAAGCUGCUCGAGCGUCGGCAGCUCCACGCGUGCAGGAUGGGGAACCACGCGGGAAAGCGGGAGGUCGGCGCCGAGAAGGGCCACAAGGAUGAUGAAGCUACCAGAGGGGAGUCUGAAAGAAGGAGGAACCUUCGGGAACUUUCCCGGGAGCCCUCGGAAGACAGCGAGGUGUUUGGAGCGGCAGAUGUGGGCCGGGACAAUGGGGCCCCCCCUCGGGACACAGCGGUGUCAGGCCCCAAGCGGGCAGCGAGCCCCGAGAAUGCCUGGCAGGAUGCCCGCCCAGCUGACCCCCGGGGCCGCCCCCACUUGGUCCGCCUCUUCUCCCGAGAUGCCCCGGGCAGGGAGGACAAUACCUUCAAAGACAGGCCCUCAGAGUCGGACGAGCUGCAGACCAUCGAAGAGGACAGCACCGCUCCCGAGCGCCUGGAUGCGAUGGCGGCACAGAAAAGACCUUCCCAGAGGCACGGGGCCAAGUACCUGGCCUCCGCCAGCACCCUGGACCACGCCAGGCACGCCUUCCUCCCGCGGCACAGAGACACGGGCAUCCUCGACUCCCUGGGGCGCUUCUUUGCUGGUGACAAGGGUGUGCCCAAGCGGGGCUCCGGCAAGGUUCCCUGGCUCAAGCAGGGCAGGAGCCCUCUGCCCGCUCAUGCCCACAGCCGGCCCGGGCUGUGCAACAUGUACAAGGACGCGCACCACGCCGCCAGGACCACCCACUACGGCUCCUUGCCCCAGAAGUCGCAGCACGGCCGGCCCCAGGAUGAGAACCCCGUCAUCCACUUCUUCAAAAACCUUGUGACGCCUCGCACACCUCCUCCGUCGCAAGGAAAGGGGCGCGGACUCUCCCACAGCAGAUUCAGCUGGGGGGCCGAGGGGCAGAAGCCCGGUUUCGGCUAUGGGGGCCGCGCUGCCGACUACAGAGCAGGUCACAAGGGCCUCAAGGGCCAGGACGCCCAGAGCACGCUCUCCAGAAUCUUCAAGCUGGGUGGGAGAGACAGUCGCUCUGGGUCGCCCAUGGCCAGACGCUGAGCCCGAGUCCGUUUCCCGAAUCCCGUCCUCGGCUUCUUAAUAUCCCCGCCCUAGGAUCUUAACAGGGUCCCCGCCCGCCCCUAGUUCUCCACCAACCUCUCGCCUAACCCCUGGACUCGUGUACGGUGGGGUCCCGCGCACGGCACCCCACUGGCAACUCAGUCACACGGAGACACACAAACACGGAACAGUGCAACCGUCCCCACCUGACGUCUGGACAGUGUCCCGGAGUCUCAUUGCACGCGACGCGCCCCGGAGCCCGAGCGCCCCGGUGCCGGCCGCCGCCCCGCUGGCCCUCCGUCCUUGGACUCGCUUUGCACGCUGACCCGGCCCUCGGCUUCGGGCACUGCUGUGAGACGCUGCUGCGGACCCAGGACACGCGCGGGGGGGCUGUGACGGUGCCCUCGGCCUCGCCCCUGCCCCGUCUCCCCGCUCAGGCCCCUUCCCCCCCUAACAGGACUAGGCAGCAGGAGGGGCUUCACCCCGUGGGAGCUUCGGUAUGUGAGGUGCAGGCGGGCAGCUGGGAGGAGAGCAGUGUGGUGGGCGGGGCGAGCCCCGGGCUGCUCCUGUGCCCCGUGGGCCGACCUCGGCGGAGAAAGGACGGAGGCAAAGGGCCGGGCAGUGGCCUGGAGCAGGAAACAGAUGGGGACACAGGGGGGACCAGAGUGGCCCCUAGAGACCCCGGUUUCGUCACCAGAGCCCGGCUGAGCUCAGGGAGACCUGCAGAGAGAUGGACUAUAGGAGACUUCGGGGUGGCCGCGCAGUGUCACCCUGGUCACUGGAAAGCAGCCGUGACAGGUGCAUGACCAGAAGGGCAGUGCCUACUGCAAACACUAACCCUGGGGAAGGACAACCUCCUGGCCUCCUGGGAGGGGGGCUGCGUGACCAGGCUUCAUACAGCCGGCCGGCCAGAACCAAACCCCGCCCCGACCAGAACCUAACCCCGCCCCGACCAGAACCUAAC